AUGGCCUCAGAGCUGGGUGCAAGAGAGGAUGGCAACUGCACAGAGCUGGCAACGCCCCUCUAUUUGCGAUAUCUGGAGAAAGCUCUGCGGUUGGAUCAUUUUUUACGUCAGACUUCCGCUAUCUUCAACAGGAAUGUAUCCAGGUACUUACUUCGAUUUGGGAGCACGUAGAAAAGAGGCAUCUUAUUGUUUUCAUCUUAAGUGUGUGGGAUGCUAUGAACCCUGGCUUGAAUUCUGGCUUAAUUUUAUGGAAAGGAGCUUUUCCCCCUCUGCAUGCCCCAGUUCUCCCUCCCCGCCCCCCCAAAAAAGAUCAGUUCCUAAGGGUUAAGGGACUCUUGGGAUAUAGUGGAGGGUGAUGCAGAUGAAGGGGGUCAAACAGCAACUUCAGAUUUUAAUCAGCAGAACUCGGUGGGGAUUAACAUUUCCUCAUCUGGUUUGGCCUUUAAACUGUAGUAGAGAAUGACAGUAGGUGGGGUUUUUUAAAAAAAAUAUGCAACUAAAUUUAUAAUUAGUUUUCACAUAUGAGUGGUUUAUGUAAAAUUUCUGAAAAAUUUGAAGCCAAGGGAGCAAAAGGUUUCCUUUUGGGAGGAAAAGGAAAUAUUGUGCAAAACUGAAACAUGCUUAACUUCCUUAUAAAACCUGAACUUCCUAAAAUACUUUAAGAGCAUGAAAUGUAUCAUGUUUAAUUUAGUUAGAAUUUUAAAUUGUACUCUUUUUUUAUAUAUGAAAUUAUAAAUGGCUUAAUCUUGUUCAUAAUAUAAUUACAAAUAUAUCCAGUGUUGGGGAUGGAGCAGAAUGAGCAUUUGCUGAGAUGGAGCAUGGUUGUUUAUUUAUACAUCACUUGUCCUUUUCGCUGUGAUAACUAUUAUUUUAAACUUUAUUGUAGUGAUGAAAGUGAAGAUGGAUUGGAUGACAAUCCUCUGCUUCCUCAGCCUGGGGGUCCCUUGAUACAAGUUAAAGAAGAACCUACAAGCUCCUUGCUUGGGGAGUCAUCCGGAGCAGGAAGUUCUGGAAUGUUAAACACACAUUCGCUCAAUGGAGUGUUGCAAUCUGGUAAAUGUGCUUUACAAUUAAUUUUAGUUUGCAUUGGGUGAGUAAACUGGCCUUUGACAGUAGACAUGUGUUUGGGACAAGGACCAAUAUGCUUGCCAAAUGCAGAAUUUAAACUAUCCACUUUCAAAUGGAUGAAGGCUAGUAGCCUUUGUUAUCACUGCGUAUGUAUUUUUUGUACUUAGUGCAGGGAUAAAUGCUUUCUUCAGCUAAACCUGUUGACUCAUGUGAAUAAUACCAUUUUUUAUCUUACUGUGUUGUUUAAACAGAGCCAAAAGCAGAAAAAGGGAAUCUAUACAACUUUUCCAAAUUGAAGAAAAGCAGAAAGUGGCUAAAGGUGGGAGUUUUAUUAUUCUGAAAUCCAAAUGUGUUUACAUUGAUACUUCUGUUGCGUUAUUUUAUGAUGUAGUUACAGAAAUCAGAAAGCUUUCUAAAAACAGUGAAGCUGUCAAAGCACCUCACCAUCUGUUAAAACUUCUUGGCUUCAUGGAAUUGAGAGGAAAUAAUUUUGUUAAUCCUACAUUAUCUGUGCAGUUGCUUGCAUAGAAUUGUAGCAUUAUUUACCUGGUCUGCCCUAGAGUGAUGAGAAAGGCAUCAAAAGAAUCCCUGAACAAGUUGGGCAGGGUGGAGAUAGGGAAUCCUGACAUAGGAGUUUCAAAAUCUUGGCGCGCAUUGAGAGUGUAUACUAUUUUUUCUUAUUAUUAUAAUAAAAGUUUCUUAGGAUUGCAAGCAGGUGAGGUAGUGGGAAGAUAUGUUAGGAAAUAUUAAGGGGCUUAGGAUGGUCUGUAGAAUGUGUUGCUCAUUUUUUUCAUAACCUAACAGUCAUAAACAGGCAGGCAUUUUAAAGGAAUUAUUGUACACUAAUCUGGUCAUUUUGCUCGCUCUUACUGACCUAAAAUCCUCUCGAUUUUGGCAGAGCAUUCUCCUGAGUGAUGACUCCAGUGACAGUGAGUCAGCAACUGAUGAGGAUGGGGAAGAAGGGGAUGAAUUUACUCUAUCUAGGGAAGAACUUCACAAUAUGCUGCGACUGCACAAGUACAAGAAACUGCAUCGAAGUAAAUACAGCAAGGAUAAAGAGGUAAAAUUCUAGAGCGUAAUUUGUCCUUUGCCAACAAUUUUGGAGAGUAGCUUUGCUAACCUGUGCCCUUCAGUACAAAAACCAGGCUUUUCAUCCGGUUAGUCUUUGUUUUUAGAGCAGUGAAAACAUUGCUGGCUUGCAAAGAUGCAUGGGGUCAUUAUUUUGCUCAUCCCAGCUUCUUAGUGUGACAUACAAAAGAGCACAGCUUUCUUUUUCAUACUGCGAAUUUUCCAGCUCAGCUGUGUUCCUUAAAGCAUUUCUUAAGUCAAAUACAUAUUUAUAACAAUUGAAGUCUGCUUCAGUUACAGCAGUACCAGUAUUACAGCGCAGGUUUGCUCUCCACAUAUGAUCCUUACUAUGAACAACAGCGCCAUCUCAUAGGACCCAAGAAAAAGAAGUUCAAAGAGGAAAAAAAAUUAAAAGGUAAGCAUUGUAUUGAUUUACUUUCUUAAGAUUUUAUAAGGGUAGACUUCCUUUCCUACUGGGCUUCUAAACUUUUGUUUUUUCUUUCACUCAUCCUCCCCCAGUGUAUUAUUCUAUACUUACUUCACAGACUUGCAUUCACAUUCUAGCUAAUUAUACAGGUAUAUGUAACAUCUUGAUGCAUCUUCGCCAAAUCUUUGCAAAUUUGGCUCAAUUUGACUUCCUCAUUGUGUUUAUAUUCUUUAAUGUUUGUGAAUAGAAUUCCAUUUGAGAGAGGAAAAGUUAUUUUGUUCUCACAAGAUAUUUCUGUAUAAAAAUGAAGUGAGGAUUCUGUAUAAAAAUGAAGUGAGAAGACCUGCAGAAAAGAAUUAGCAGAUGUUAUACAUAGGAUCAGGAGCAGGUUUCAAAGCAGUCCUCUUGCUAUCUGUUAUUGGAAGGAAUAGAGGAAAAAUCAUGAAUGAAUAAUAGUGGCCUCAGUUUGUUGAGGGGUAGACUAAUCGUGUGGCCUUCUGUUCUCAUGAAGCUAAGUUGAAAAAGGUGAAAAAAAAGAAGAGACGGGAUGAAGAGCUCUCGUCUGAGGAGUCUCCACGGCGCCAUCACCACCAGACCAAAGUUUUUGCCAAGUUCUCUCAUGAUACCCCUCCGCCAGGGUCCAAGAAAAAGCAUUUAUCCGUUGAACAGUUAAAUGCUCGCCGGCGCAAAGUAUGGCUGAGCAUUGCUAAAAAGGAGCUGCCAAAGGUGAGUUUUGUUAGUAAAAAAGAGUGAAAUAAAUACGUUUGGCUGGCAGAGAGUCAGCAAAUGCAGGCAUGCAGAAUAAGGUAAGGUAGAAGGCCAGGCUAAUAUUUUAUUAUUGGUCAUUUCCAAGGUUGGCAAUAUUGGUUUAUAGACAUCUGCUUUUAGGGUGUAUUUACUUGUUACAGUUACUUUUCUGGUUUUGAUUUAAAUAAGCAACGUUUUGCUUGCCUAGAAAGAAGCAGUAAAUCAAUAUGGCAAAAAGAGUGAAAGAGAGGGGGAGCGCAUGUAAAAUCGAAUAUCUUUGAUGUGAUACAACUAUGAGUUGAUCUAGAGAAGAAAUAAUUGUCUGUGUUGUGGACUGGUUUACGGGAAUGGGCUAGAACCUCAGGAAUAAUGAGCUUACAUACAGCGGUCUCCUGUUAAGGCUUCAAGGCUGGUGUCACAAGGUAAUUGGGUGGAAGAUGUGAAUGUCCAUAAUCUAUGUUCCCAUAAAACCUGUGUUGGUGGGAGCUCUCGGCAGCCAGCGAAGCCGAGGUCAGAGUCUAUUUGGGCUUUUGACAGCAACUUGUUCUGUUGCCCAGCCUACUGAGAUUUCAGUGUAAGCAUUUGUUAAGUAGCUGGAUAAGUUAGUGCUUGUUGUUUUCUUACCUUCUGAGCUAUUUUAAUCGUGUGUAAUUAUUUGGAGUUUUUCUCUCUUGUAGAGUUUUGUUUUAGUAAAGUCUGUGUAUGAUUUUAUGAAAUUUGGUCCGGUCUGAGUUCCUAAACCCUUUAAUUUCGACCACGCUUUUUGGAGCAAGGUCAUCCACCACCUAUGUAGUUAAAAGAAAGAGAGUAACAACUGUAGAGAAAAACUUACUCGUUUUACCAUAGGAGGAAAAAUUGUUUUCAGGAAUUAAAGGCAAACAACAUACUUCCUUGGUGAUAUUGAUCAUAGCUUUUCAGGGGGGGGGGGCGUGUUUAUUUGUGUUUUAUUUAGCUGUAGCAUGCCCCAUAGCUUGAUCAUUUUUAUAAUAGUCAGCUGUCUAUACAACUCACACUUUGAUAUUGUAAUUCAGAUAUAUUUGGAAACAAUAAAAUUACUUUUUAAGAAUGUGACCAGGCAAUGAUUUCUUUAACUCUUUCUUCUUUUUAGGCAUACAAACAAAAAGUUUCUGCCCGAAACCUGUUUUUAAGCAACAGUCGAAAGGUAAGAUGCAUCAUACAUUAUUUUAAUACUAAGACAAGAUGGAAAUUUACUUUAUGUGAAACCUUUCACUCUAUAUUAUUCUGUUUUUGUAUUAUAGGCGUUUAUAUGCCAUCAUUCAAAUUACUGGGGGCUUACAAUACUAAAUCAGAAAUACAACCCAAAUCAUUAGAAACAUAAAACCCCUAAAGACCAAAAGAAGCAGAUAAAGCAAUUGAAGUAAAGAUGUUGGAAAAAUUAAAAGGGGGUUGUCUGGCCCCAAAAUGCCAUCAACAUAGGCACUAGGCAAGCCUCCUAGAGAGCAUUCCACAGUUUUGUGCCAUUACUAAAAGAACAAAAAACAAAACCUUUCCCCCCGUAUCCACCUGUUGCACCUCAGAUCACAAGGGAACCCAGAAAAAGAUAUCUUGAUUGUGUGGAGACAGGCAAUAUUUCUGAUACACUGGUUCCAAGCUGUGAAAAGUUUUAUAGGUCAAACUAGCACUUUGAAUUUGGCCUGUAAGCUAACCUGGUGCCAGUGAAGUUGAUGAAGCACAGGCAUAAUAUGACUCUUAAUGCUCAGUCUCAGUUUGCUAUCUUGUAGCAGUAUUUUGAAUUAGCUGCCAUUUCCAAGCAGUCUUCAAAUUCCAUCUUUCCUACCUUUCCCUUGGUAGCUGGCUCACCAGUGUAUGAGAGAGGUGCGUCGAGCAGCUAUCCAAGCCCAAAAGAACUGCAAGGAGACUCUACCGAGGGCACGCCGCCUUACGAAGGAGAUGCUUCUUUACUGGAAGAAAUACGAGAAAGUGGAGAAAGAACACCGCAAAAGAGCCGAGAAGGAGGCACUGGAGCAGCGCAAACUGGAUGAGGAGAUGAGAGAGGUGAGACUAUAUCACAGAUAGAUGAAAAUUUAGGCAGCAGAACUGAGAUAUCAACUGCAGUCGUUGCAGUGCUCUGUAUGUCAAGAGAAUCAAAUUCACUGCAGACCAGUUUUUAUUUCUUUUUAUGAUUGUGUUCCAACUGCUUUAGUUUAAUUCCCAGCUAAAAAAAAUGCCAUGCUCCUCACGCUGUUACUUUUAGAUUACCUGUGGCUGUCCAGGUGUUCUUGAACUCCAACUCAGCCAACAGCAACUGGUGGGCCAACCUUUCCUCACCCUUGACCUGGGGGAAAUACUUUUGAUAUUUGUGGAUACAUUGGUGCAGAUCUGAGUGCUGCUUUUUAAGUGCAUCUGAUAAGCCAGGUGUCCUUUGGCCUGCAUAGCACAAUUUUCUGUGCUAGGGUGCCGGUUUCCUUUAGUUGAGAAAUAAGAUCUCUUUACAUGUCCUGAACAGGAACCUUUUACUGUGUCAAUAUGCAAGCCACUAAAGAAAGGCCUGGCUGUGUUUCUCUUCAGCUGAAAAUGUCUUUUCUUUUUGUUGCUGUCUAAGCUCUAUUUUCUGUUUUGAUUUUGUAUAAUCCAGCCAAGGUCUGCUUUACCUUAUAAACAUAUGGUGCCAUUUCAUAAGAUUACAUCUCAAGGUUAGCAAGAAAGAACAAAUGUUUUUGCAGUGGUAGGGUGAUUGUCAUCACUUUGAUAUUAAAAUGGUACAAGGAUAUAAUUAAGUCUUCAAUAUGUUUACAGUCAUCAAAAUUACCUGUAUUGUUUUAACUUCUUUUGAGGUUACUUCAGUAUAUGUCCUGCCAAAGUGAGCACUUUUGUGAUUUCCUGUGUCCUUCUGUAACUUAUUUUAGGCUAAACGGCAGCAGAGAAAACUUAACUUCCUGAUUACGCAGACUGAGCUGUAUGCCCACUUCAUGAGCCGCAAACGUGAUAUAGGACACGAUGGAAUCCAGGAGGAAAUCUUGAGGAAACUUGAAGACAGUUCUAUCCAGAGGCAGAUUGAUAUUGGUGGAGGAGUCGUAGUCAACAUUACCCAGGAGGAUUAUGGUAAGGAGUUAAACUGAACUCCAGCAUGAUUUAGGUGAAUCAUGCAAGUCUUGCUGUAUUGCAGGCUUUUGGAUAUGUGUGUGUUUGGCCUAUCUAUGAAGCCUUGAGAUUAAUCCAUGUGGACUUUUUUCUUUUUGCAAAUUUGGUGGUAUUUUCAGAUAGUAACUACUACAAGGCUCAGGCCCUGAAGAAUGCCGAAGAUGCCUAUCGGAUUCAUCAGGCCCAGGUAAGUACUCAGAAAGAACAAUGGAGUAAAGUGUCCUGGAGUGCCUGGAAUGGGAACAGGACACUUAAGCUUGCCUUAUAUAUUACUAGGUUUAGUCUGUGCACCAUAAAUUUGUUAAUUUGGAAUUCUGUGUCUAUCAAAACUAUGAGAAAGCUGGCUUCUGCUGAUUUUAAAGCAAGAGCAAGUUAAAGGGAAAUAUUACUACAGUGAGUUUGUUAACCCUGAUUACACUCAUGUAGAAACUACUGAGGUUUGUCCACUGGUAAUUAUUGGCAAAACCUAUUGGUGUUUCGCAACUUUCUGACUAGUUGCAGGACCUUAGCCAGACCUAGCAGAGUACACGCAGAAACUACGGAAGCAAUUGGCGACUUGGCUGCAGACAGGAUAGACGAAGCAGGAACUAGGAACUUGUAGUUAGGUGUUUAUUAUAUACAGUGGACUAUUUACAGGAACAGAACACGGAUCUCUAGCAAGCUCUCUCUGACACGGAACACAACUCCUAUACGAACCACUGAACUAACAGUUAGUAGGCCAUUAAUUAUCACUCCCUUGAGAGAGCUUGACCAAUCAGGGAGCGGUCUCCAUGUCUCUGUUAUCACCAGGCAGACUUAUUCCUUCAGAUUGCCUUCUGGCUGUCUGCCAAACCUUAAUUGACUCUGUGUGAGUAGCUGCACGUACACAGUUUCCCAACAGUAAUGGCGUUCCACUAAGUUUUCAUGGGGUUAUAACCUUUCCCCCCCCACACUUCUCCUUGUUUAGACACGGUCAUUUGAUGAAGAUGCUAAAGAGAGUCGGGCAGCAGCCCUUCGGGCUGCCAACAGGUCUGGCAGCGGCUUCGGAGAAAGUUACAGCCUUGCCAACCCAUCUAUCCGGGCAGGAGAGGACAUUCCACAGCCUACCAUUUUCAAUGGUAAACUGAAAGGUUACCAGCUGAAAGGCAUGAACUGGCUGGCCAACCUUUAUGAGCAGGUAUGCAAUUGUUACUUGAAGCUAGUUCUUUGAGACGAGUUCCUUCUUGGUAGAGCUCCAGGGAAAGGGAUGCAUUGCAAAUAGAUGAACUGGAUAGUCUUGUAAUUAAAAAAUCCUUUAUAAGGACAAUUCAAGAUAUGGUAUCAGGGAUAACCUGACAGAUUAUCAGAUAUUAUGGAACUUUCAAGUGGCAUCUGAUGUUUGAGGGAGGAUAGCGGGCUUCAGUAAUUUACUGAUUUUCUAGCUGUCUCUUGGGCAUUUUAGUCUGUCUUGCUCAGACUAGACUUGUAAAGUGGCUGUAACUCUUGCAGGGCAUCAAUGGAAUCCUGGCAGACGAAAUGGGGUUGGGUAAAACAGUGCAGAGUAUUGCCUUGUUAGCACAUCUGGCUGAGGUAGGUGGAUUCUUUGUCUUUUACAACCCCCGUACUUAAUAUGUGGUUUAAAUGGACCUCAUUUUAUACAUUUCUGCAUUGACAUUUAUUUUCAGUCCAUACAUCACCCGAAUUGACCUGCUUUGCUAUUCUUAAGUGUCUUUCCAGGACUUAUAUAGCUGCAUGUUUUUUGUGUCCCUGGUAUUAGUCAACCCCCUCCUGAUCUAUAGCCCUACUGCUCCAUUAUCUUAACUGAGCUUUGUAUAUAUUUUUCUACAUAAUUUCCUCAUAGCCUAUAUGUUUUCUUUAUACACAAUAUUUCAUUUUAAUGUUGUUUCGGAUAUUGCUUCAUUCAGUUAAGUUCUCUUUCCUUUUCCAGAGAGAGAACAUCUGGGGACCCUUUUUAAUUAUUUCACCGGCUUCCACCCUAAACAACUGGCAUCAGGAGUUUGCCAGAUUUGUUCCUAGGUUUAAGGUAACAAGCAUUCUGGAAAUGAUUCCACAGUUAACUUCCUGUUCUAUUAUAUGCUUAGACUGAAAAUUGAUAGGCUGUAAUAAGCAUGUUGGUUCAGUCUCUCCCCUCUUCUCACCGGGCUUUUUAGCUGUAAUUUCCUAAUUGUUUUCUAAAUUUCUAGUGAAUAACAUUUUUGGGGUCUUAGUACACUGAGAGGAUUGUCCCAUCACCCCAGUGCCUAGCCCACAAGUCCUCCUAGUUUUACCGUGUUUUUAAUAUUCUGUUGUGAGCUGCCCAGAGUGGCUGGGGAAACCCAGCCAGAUAGGUGGGGUAUAAAUAAAUUAUUAUUAUUAUUGUUGUUGUUGUUGUUGUUGUUGUUGUUGUUGUUAUCUAAAGCUGUUUCACACGAUACAUGGCAGCUGGCUUUACCACCAUUUUUCAUGGUAAACAUGUAAAGUGUGGAGGGAAGAGAACAUGUCCCUAAGCAAGUAUGUGUACAAUGUCUGUUUGGGGACUGUAUGUCUUUAGUUCACUUUACAUAUUUAUCAGAAAAAACCCACAAUUUUCAUGUGGUUGUUGCAUAAAGUGAAAAGCGCUCUAGAGAAACUAUACAUACAUACAUACUCAUAAUUUGUUUUAUGCUGUUCCUAUCUUUAUCAGCAGAUGGCAGCGUAGCAUUAAAUCUAUUACAUUUGAAAGAGAAAUUGACGCUGGAAUCAACUUUCCAUUCUUGUUCAGCAAUAUCUUACAAAUAGGAUCUGUGCUUUUAGAAAUAUUGUUGCAUUUUUCUUUUACGCUAUGAAUUGCACUCUGAUUUCAGCCUGCCUUCGUGAAAAAUAAUGCUUUAUUGGAUUUUUUUUGGGGGGGUGUGUUUUGCAUAGGGCAGAAAUAUGAAAUAGUUCCACUUCUCUUCAGAUUUGUUAGAAAGCACUUUCUUGACAUUUGUUUGUGUGUCCGUCCUAGGUGCUACCUUACUGGGGAAAUCCCCAUGACCGAAAAGUGAUCAGGAAAUUCUGGAGUCAGGUACGUCUUAACUUAUUUUAAAAGCCUUUCUGGUUCUUGUUCAUUUACAAUAGCCUAUGAUGAUAUAUUCCCAAAGGACAAAUCAUAAACAUAUCCAUUAUGCUGUUCCCAUUUUCAGUUUUAGUUUAAUAUUCAUCUUCCCUACGAUACCUACCUCUGUGUUUCUUCUAAAUCACAUAUUGUACAGCCUUCCUAGUGUAGUGGUUAAGAGCAGUGGACUCGUAAUCUGGUGAACUGGGUUCGCGUCCCCGCUCCUCCACAUGCAGCUGCUGGGUGACCUUGGGCCAGUCACACUUCUCUGAAGUCUCUCAGUCUCACUCACCUCACAGAGUGUUUGUUGUGGGGGAGGAGGGGAAAAGGAGAUUGUUAGCCGCUUUGAGACUCCUUCAGGUAGUGAUAAAGCAGGAUAUCAAAUCCAAACUCUCCUCCUUCUUCUUAAGUCCCAGUUCUCACUAGUCCACAUUAUAUAUCCUAUAUUUCUCUUGCCCAGUUGCAGCAUCUAUGCCUACUCUCCCCUUUCCUUGUGUGCUUCUGUUCUGAACUUCUGGGAAUUUCCCUUCCCUGCUCCAACAUUUGAGCUCUUCUUAUGAAAGAAUCUGCUACUACUUUGGCCCUGACUCUUAGAACAAUGUAAGUGGAAGUCUGACUAUAGCAAGCAGAUUGCUUCCUGAGUGGUAGAACUACAUGUCAUGGUUUAAAUCAUUAUGAUACAGGACCUUCUAGUUAGGAAACUGGAGGUAUAAUUUUAAGGGAGAGUACCAACAAUGUUCUUAAUGUGGUGUGUGGAUCCCCCCCCCCAACUCAGGCAUUGAAUAUGGAAAAAGAUGGGGAAUGUAAUGUGCGAGUUCCUGAAUACAGAUAUUUUACCUUAGUAUCACUGAUGAGUCAACUCAGUUUAUAUAACUAAAAUAUGUUUUCAUAAUUGCAGAAGACUUUGUAUACUCAGGAUGCUCCUUUCCAUGUCGUGAUCACCAGUUAUCAGCUUGUAGUCCAAGAUGUGAAGUAUUUUCAACGGGUUAAGUGGCAAUACAUGGUGCUAGAUGAGGCACAGGCACUGAAGAGUAGCUCUAGGUAAGAAAGAAAAAAAAUCUGAGUCUUUUUGGCCAGUGAUAGAAUAGGAAACAUGGCUGUAACAGAUAUAUACUAUCUUAAAAUGCUUAAUAUUGUAGUUCUUUUCUUAUAUAUUUUUCCAUCUCUGAUCAACCUAGUUUGGAUAUGCACUGUUGUGAUAGCUUAGAAGGUUAUUUUUUAAAAAACAAAACACAAUCAAGAAGUAUAUAAAUUGUGAUGCAUACAUCAAGGUUCCCAUACUUUAUCAUCCCAAAGGAAUCUGGGCAGUUUGUAACUGGAAAAUUCACUUUUUCAACUGGAUGCAAGAAUGUUUUCCCAAAAUCUUUAACAAGUUAUUAAGUUGGAAUUGAUCGGUAGCACCCACCUCCUUGAAAUUCUUGGGGUUGUGUUAACCUACUUGAAUGGAAAGCUGUCCUUUUCCUGUGAGAAACCUGGCAGCGUCCCAAGGCAAUCGUCGAUAUCAGGAAUCCAUGGUACCUGCAGGACCUUGGAGAGCUCUCAAAGUCUUGCUGAAGCAGCCAUAGAAGACGCUGUCCCUGCAAGCGCUAGAUCCAAGGCUAUAAAUUUUGACUGAACCUGUAAUGCAGUAAGCCCGGCUCCCCAGAGGAGAUGUUUCCCUUUGAGUCUUCUGUAGCACAUUGUACAAUCCCUGGGUAUUAUUAUUAUAUUUAUUUCAUUAAUUCAGUUCAUAUCCCAACCUGCCUUCCAAAGGAGCUCAGGUUAGGAAACACAUAGCUAACAAAACACAUAUCUAAAGAUGGUUAAAAACAUUAUCUCAGCCAAUGAUUUCAAUGUUGCCAGGGACAUUAUCUAUUUGCCAUUAAAUGCCUGGGUAAGCAGGAUUGUUUUUAAAUUCCUUCUGAAAGUAAUGAGGGAGACAGACCAGGGGAAGCAUUCCAUAAAUGGGGAACCACCACUGAGAAAGCCCUAUCCUGUGUUAGCUCCAACUAAGUUGUGGCCUCACCUGCCACUCAAUAGAGUCUGAGAUGGUUGUAUUGGGGAAGGCAAUCUGUUACGUACUUGGGUCCCAAGCCACAAAGGGAUUUGUAUGCUAGUACUAACACUUCACAUUGUGCCUGGUAGUUCACUGACAGCGAGUGCAGUGCUUUCAGGAGCAGCAAUGCUUGAUCCCAUAGGCUGCCUCGCCAGCCAGCAGCCACGUUCUUCACUAGCUGCAGCCUCUAUACCAUCUUCAAUGGCAGCACCACUACAGACUGCGGGUCAUGACUGAAGCUAGUGGUCAUAUGUAUUUAUGGCUCAGUAAUGUUUGACAUCAUUUGUUUAUAUCACAACGUAUGGUUUACAUUAUGUUGCAUCUCUAGAAUAAUUUCAGGAAAGAAAUGGAAUGUAGGGACUUAACAUGAUAAGAAAAUUGUAUGUAGUCUUUUCUCUUUCCUAGAAGAUACCUUAUACAUUAAUGUUCUUUCUUGCCACUUUUUAUCAUAGCUAAAUUCUAUUAAUUAAAAUAACAUUGGUAUUUCAGCGUUCGUUGGAAAAUUCUGCUUCAGUUCCAGUGCCGAAAUAGACUGUUGCUGACUGGGACACCCAUCCAAAACACCAUGGCUGAGGUAUGCACGACUGCCUCCAGUUCACACUAUUCUAGAUUAAUUUAUAAACAAUGAUAUUCUGAUCAGUAUCUAAACAUGGAAUUCGAUUGCUUCGGGAGGAAACUCCACACAGGCUGAAGUUUCAUUUGUUGCUUGGACUGCAACAGUUCUAUUAUUUUCUGUUUAAAAGCUAGCUUCUCCUUUUUGACAGUGGAACUUUUCUAGUAGAAGUCCACAUAUGUUUGCUCAUAUCAUUCCCAUGUUCCUGGACACUGUACCAUAACAAUAACCAUGGAUCAAAUGAACGGAAGUAUUAUAUCCCAUUCAUUGGACUGAAAAGUGUUAAAGAUGCAUAAUAGACCAGUUAAUUGGUUUUUCAAAGAAUAAAUGAAUGAUUGUGUCUUUUCACAAUUUCUUAUGCACUUUGAACAUCUGCAUAAGCUGACUGACUAGGAUAAUGAAGUUGCUUAAAUUUUGAUAGGUGCACAGAUUACAUAUAUUGAUAGUUUAACUGUUCAGCAGAAACCCCUUGAAUAGCUGUGUAAAUGACCCCUGCUUCACCUUGUGAUACACUCACUGGUCACAGAUGAUAUUUUUUUAUCCUUACAGUUCUAGUAGAUACAAAAUCUUCAAUGGUUACACUGCUGGGUUAGUUGCACAUGGCCUGCUCUCUCCCAUUCUUAUUCUUCAGGGUCCUAGAAGGGGGCACCAACUGUGAAUGAGGUAGCAAGGGAUGCUAUUACUGAAGUGCAAAUAGGCACCCAGUCACCCUUUAUACAUCUACUGAAAAUUUACUAUGAAGGGUGGGAGAAUUGGCAGAAGAGCUUCAUUCUGCAUUUGAAUCACAGUCAGGGCACUUUCUUUAUGCAUCUGGAAGAUAGUUAUUCUGUGUCUUGCUUCUUUAUUUACAGCACCAUGUUCUCGUCUCCUAGCAGAGAAGCUUGCUAGUGGCCCAGACGUGUGUGACUCUGAGACACCUUUCAUCGAAAACAGAAUUAUUUUAGUGCAAUCUGCGUAGUUGCACUCUUGCUGACCUCUCUUUCUGGAGUUCACUCUGUGCCCAUAGCUUUAUCCUAGUGGUUGGGUUUGGAACUAGAAAAGGGAAAGACCCGUUUCACCCUACUAUCAGAUGUGGAGAGGGGCUUCUCUGUCAUAGUUAUUGAAAGGUUUCCUUUUAAGUGGUGACAGAGUUACUGGCAAUACUCUAUAGUUUAAUUACUUGGUGGGCUAACUUCUAGUGCUUACUUUUGCUCUUAUGUUGCAGCUCUGGGCUUUGCUUCAUUUCAUUAUGCCAACACUGUUUGACUCGCACGAGGAAUUCAAUGAGUGGUUUUCUAAAGAUAUCGAAAGCCAUGCAGAGAACAAAUCGGCCAUUGAUGAGAGUGAGUAUUGUGCAGGAAUCUUGUCUUUUCUGCAUGAGAAUUCUGCAGCUUGAGCAGAACUGCCCGCAGUGACCAAAAUGAAUUGUUAACUGUUCCUUAAUUGCUUUUUAACUCUACUUUCAGAUAGACUUAAUAUGUGCUGCUAAGGAUUGUUUUUGUGGAAGCUGAGAUAAGACUACAGAUGAGUUUUUGGAAAGAGCAGCAGUAGCAGUUUUUCACAUAGGGAAGGAGAAUACUGCAGUGUCUGAGAUUUGAGAUAGUGAAAUACUUCCUAAGUCAACAUAUAGAUAAACUUGAGUAUUCAAUCCUACAAGAUCUAGUGAUGGACGCCAAAUUGCAUACCUUUCAAAGGGUAUUAGACACAUUUAUGGAGAAUAAGGUUCUUUGCAACUACUAGUUAUGACGACUUCAUGUUAUUUUCAAAACUUAAAUUGUCAGUGCUCAUUAUUAGUUUCCAGACAUAGACUGCAUCACUUCAGUUUUAUGAGCUGGUCACUGCUGGCACAGCUAUUAAAUAUGGCUAAAUGACAACCAAAAUAGUAGAACCUAGUUUUGUCAUGAAUUCUACUCAAUAUCGAUCCAGAGCAGAAUUCUAAUGUACAGUUGUACCUUGGAUCCCAAACGCCCUGGAACUCGGACGUUUUGGCUCCCGAAUGCCGCAAACCUGGAAGUGAUUGUUCCAGUUUGCAAAUGUUCUUUUGGAACCCAAACGUCCGACGGGGCUUCUGCAGCUCCUGAUGCAGCCAAUCAGAAGCCACAAUUUGGUUUUCAAACGUUUUGGAAGUCAAACGGACUUCUUGAAUGGAUUCUGUUUGGCUUCCAAGGUACAACUGUAUAGUUAGCAGACUGAAAACUUAAACACAUUGCAGGAUUCGCCAAAAAUAGACCAGAGGCGAUUAAUAAAGCCAGUGUGGUGUAGUGGUUAAGAGCGGUAGACUCGUAAUCUGGUGAACCAGGUUCGCGUCUCCGCUCCUCCAUAUGCAGCUGCUGGGUGACCUUGGGCUAGUCACACUUCUUUGACGUCUCUCAGGGUCACUCACCUCACAGAGUGUUUGUUGUGGGGAGGAGGGGAAAGGAGAAUGUUAGCUGCUUUGAGACUCCUUUGGGUAGUGAUAAAGUGGGAUAUCAAAUCCAAACUCUUCUCCUAAUAUUUCAUCCAGCAGAGCUUUACUGCUACUGAAGGCAAAUGAGCAUAAUGGUCACAAAUCCAAUACAUUCAGGAUUGGCACUGUCCAUAUUAAGUCCACUUGCAGUAGACUUAACUGAAACUUACAAUAACUUAUAAUAAGACUAAAUCUUAACAUUAAGCAUGCUUUGUACAGAGCAGCACACCAGAAGGAAAGAGAUAGAAAAGAGAGAGACCCAGGCUCCAUCUAGCCUAUUAUCAUAGCAUGACCUUGACAAAAAAAGAUAACACAACCAGUUUAAGCCAGCUUUACUCAACUUCUCUGAAGGAAUAGCCCAAACAUCAUGAACCUUAUCCUUGUUUCUUUCACACAGAGAAGCUUCCAGAACCCUCUUGAAUGAAUUAGAAUAGGAAAGAUCUCCACACAUCAGAUCAGUACUUUCUGUACUAAGAAAUGCAAACUGACAAGUUUUUAAUCGUAGGUUGUUGUUUCUUUCUCAUCAAAUUUCAGAUCAGCUUUCUCGCUUGCACAUGAUCCUGAAGCCUUUCAUGUUGAGGAGAAUCAAAAAAGAUGUGGAAAAUGAGCUGUCAGAUAAGGUGCCAAACAGAAUUAAAUUCUGUUUCCCCUCAUGUUGUUUCCUUUUUUUUAGGCUUUAAUUAUUCUUGCUUUACAGUUUUCGUGUUCUCCCUUAAAUCAGAAUUCAAAAGGCCUCUCCCUUUCUAAUAGUUAUUGAACUUCUACCAGCACAUUCAAAUGGCAUUCUCAUCUUCUCUCAAAACUUGUACAUUCAUAUAAAAUAUGACCCUAAAAAUCCUUAAAGCUUACAAAGCAAAGUCAGUUAAUGAACAGAUGCUGCAUUGUCAGCUUGUGUAUCCAAACCUUUUUGUCAGUUGUCAGAAUGCACUCAUUCGCAGAUCCGAGACCUUGGCUGCAUCACUUCAAUUUUAUAAACUGGUCACUGCUAGCAGUUAUGAGAUACGACAAAAUGAAAAUGAAAGUAGUGAAACCUAGUUUUUUAUUGUCGAUGUAGUAAUUGUAGGGGUGGAUUUUGGUUUUGCUUUUUAUUUGCAAUGAGCAGCAUUUCAGUGCAACAAUCAAAUGUUGCAAAAUCAGACUUAAAAGUCCAAAUAAGACUUUGCAUUAUCAUACCAAGAGUAUCUAGGCUGAUGCUCUGUCAUGCAGCUACUCUUAGCAUUUUUCAGUCCACAAAAUUAUGCCUAUUCCAUAACAUUGACUAUAAUGCAUCAUGAUAUCUCACAAAUAACAUUUUUUGGCUUAGUUUCCAUUCCCUGCCUCUCUGUUUCAUUUCCCUGCUUCUGGAUUUCAGUUUUGAAAGAUUAGCUGCCACCUCAUCCAUGCUGUUCCCUCCCAGGGGAAAUCUAGCAAGCCCCAUCUCUACACUAUGUCUCGUUCACUCUUUAAAAAUAUUUUUUUAUCAAGGAGGGCCUUCUUUUAAUUUUAAUCAGGUUGUGCUGGCUGUGAGUGCCCUAUCCACUACAGUCUUUCAUGGAUUGUGUAUGGGUUGAACCUGCCUCUGCUACUGGCUUCUUUCAAUAAGAGUUUAAUAUGCUUCAAUCUCUUUCUCUCUUUCUCUUUAAGAUUGAGAUCCUUAUGUAUUGCCAGCAAACCAGCCGGCAAAAAUUACUGUACCAGGCUUUGAAGAACAAAAUUUCUAUUGAUGACCUUUUGCAGUCCUCAAUGGGUACUACCCAGCAAGCACAGAACACUACCAGUAGCCUCAUGAAUCUAGUCAUGCAGUUCCGGAAGGUGAGAUUUGUGAAUACUGGUCACACUGAUACGGUUGUCUGAUGAUCACUUCAGCAAAAAUGACCAGAUACCUACAUCCCAUUACAUUAAAGUGCAACAUUGAACAAGUUGCAGACAGUCUUUAGUUGUGGCUGUAUGCUGCAGCUAAUAGGUCACAGCUGGAGUUCUAGCCAUUUCACACAAUACAAAUUAAUUUGUGCUGGGAAGAGUGAAUCCUUUUGAAAGAAAGUAGGAUGGGCAAUUGAGAACACAGUUAUAUUGCCUAGAUUUCACAUGUGCCUAGCCUAAAAUGAUUAACUUUUUAAAUUACGAUGUUCAAACCACUUUUAAUCAAGUAGUCCUAUUAAGAACGUGCUUCGCAAUUUGUCCAGGUUUUUUCCAGCUAUUAUGAAGAAUUAAUACACAGGUUUUCCCUCUGCAGUUUCUGAUGACUUAUAAUUUUCUUUAUAGGUCUGCAAUCACCCAGAACUCUUUGAACGACAAGAAACUUGGUCUCCAUUUCACAUUUCAGUAAAGCCAUACCAGAUUUCAAAGUUUCUCUACCGCCAUGGGCAAAUCAGGGUGUUUAACCACUCACGGGACAGGUAAGCAAGAGGGAAGAUACAGGUGAACCUGCUAUACUGGGCCCAGAGCCAGCAGGGGAUCCAGAUUCUAACCUUUCAUUUUUUGUUUCCUUUUUUAAAAGCAAGUCUGAAAACCCUGUAGAACAAGAGAUACAAAUCAAAAUAAGUAGGGACCAUUCUAACUAAUUACUUUGUGAAAAAUCAGCCACUCACAGCUAUGGUUAGUGGGAUGUAGAGAAAUAAUAAAUCACAAAUGCACCAGGGAAGACUAAAAAUGGCUUCAAAACAAACAAGGAAGUCCUUUCUUUGGGCAGCAGGGAAGAGGUUUCUUGGUUCUUUUUGAAGCCAUUUUGGGAUCUUCCCUGGUAGAGUGAUUGUAGCCUAGAGAAAACAAUUGUGAACUCAUGGAUUUUAGCUGUUGUGACUGAAUGGAAGCUUAAUCUCCCUCACAGAAUUGUUAGACGAAAACAAUGUUCUGAGCUCCUUAGAGGAAGGGUAGCAUACAAAAGAAACAAAACUUUGAACAGGAGUUAAUUAAUAUAUGUUUAAAUUGUCCCAUUUUUAUUCUUCUGUCAAUUUAUAGGUGGUUGCAGUUUAUACUUUCUCCUUUUGCUCCAGACCACAUCCAGCAGUCUCUCUUCCAUAGGAGAGGUAGGUUGAAAAACAUAAGGGUGAAGGUAGCUUAUUUCAUUAUGUGAAGGAAGACAUUUUAUUGGCAUUAGGAUUAGAAUUUUUAUUUUAAUUGAAGUUCCAAGGAAGGCAGUGUCUUCUAGAUUGAUUAUUCCGUUCUUGAACCGUUUUACACUUCGGUGUUCUUAAUGCUUAACCCAAAUUUCCUUUCUGUAGAUGAAAUCUUUAUCACCCUCUCCUCAAUAAAUGAACAAUCGUUCACCUUAGAACUCACCUUAGAAUUGUAGAGCAAUUGUGGAGCCCCCAACUGACCCCCUGCAGUCUUCUUAAAUCUAUUGGUGUAUGCCAUCACUGCUUCCCCCAUUGUUUCAUAAGAGCUUUUCCUUCUGUUGGUUUAAUUCUUCUCAUUUACCGAGAUUGAUCUUAAACUAGUCUGUUCAGAAUUGAACAUAGUACAGUGGUACCUCGGAAGUCGAACGGAAUCCAUUCUGGAAGUCCAUUUCACUUCCAAAACGUUCAGAAACCAAGGCGCAGCUUCCAAUUGGCUGCAGGAAGCUCGGGUUUCAAAGAACGUUCACAAACCAAAACACUCACUUCAGGGUUUGCGGCAUUUGGGAGCCAAGACAUUCGACUCGCAAGGCGUUUGGGAUCCAAGGUACGACUGUACUUCAAAUUAGAACAUAUUAGCACCCAGUAUAAUGGUACUUUUAAUUCUUAUUAUCAACUAUCUUUUGUAGCUUGGUACUAAGUAGAAGGAAUCUGCAUUUUUCAGCACUGUAUUAUGUCUUUUGUUUCCUGUAGCAGAUGCUUAUUCUCAGCCAUGUCAUUUUUAUAGGUGCUGAAGAAGAGAGUUGUUUCUCUUUCCUACGGUUUAUUGAUGUUUCUCCAGCAGAGAUUGCUAACCUCAUGCAUCAGGGACAUCUAGCCAGGUGAGCAAUUCUGUUUGAAUCUUAAAACAAUGACCGGGUGUGUGUGUGUGUGUGUGUGUGGGGGUGUGUGUGUGUGUGUGUGUUUAUUUAAAAAAUCACUUGCAUAUAAAUAGGCUGGAAAAAUGGGUGCAUGUAUCUGUCAUUGCAAAAUGUUUACAGCUGAUAGUUAUAUAUAUUCCAUGCUGGAAUACUGGACAAUUAUAAAACCUAUAAUCGGGCAUUAAAAAUGGACAUAGUGAUAAAACAACAACAAGGGAAGCAAUCCCAUAGAUAAAAUCUAUGCAUACACUGUACUGUAGUCAGUUAAGCCAGGGGCCCCCUUGCUGCAAGGGGGAAGGGGACAAACCCAUCUCCAGCCCUAACCAGCUCCACUUCCAUGGCCAGAAGAGGGGUGGUGGUGAGCUUCCCUUCCCUGGAAGCAGCCGGGCUGCCUGCAGCUGCACCCGCGUCCUUGCAAGGAGCAGUAUCUGUGAGACACAAAAAAAUGAGGUAUGCCUGUAUUUAAGUUCUCGUUCGCAGAGGUAUGAAUAAGAAUGUCUACUGUGAUUUCUUUCAGAUGGUUAGCUCUUUUCCUGUGUCUGAAAGCCGCCUACAGGCUCCACCACUUUCGUUUCUGGAGAGAACCAGAAGAAGAUGACCAGCAUAAGACUCAGCGUCUGAAGAAUAAAGAUUUCCUGCUGGAUGUCAAUUUCCCACUCUCCUCCCCAAACUUGCACAGCUGCACUUUGCUGCAGGUAAGCAAUACUUUCAGCUGUAUGCAAGUCAAACUGCUUGAGUUAAAUGAAAUUGGAAAGAAAGAAAGAAAGAAAGAAAGAAAGAAAGAAAGAAAGAAAGAAAGAUGAUAGAUAGAUAGAUAGAUAGAUGAUAGAUAGAUAGAUAGAUAGAUAGAUAGAUAGAUAGAUAGAUAGAUCUUGGAGUGGAAUAAUGUGGUCAGGGUUAUGUAUACUCUAUGCUAUUUAGUUACUUAAUCACAUUAUUUACAUUCUACCCAAUAUUGAAGCUUCUCGGUGUGGAAAAAUUAGAAACAUUGAAAGUGGUAAGACGCAUCAGUGUUAAACCUGCAGCAGCAAAUAAUAGUAUUAAGUAUCUAAAAAUAUUUUUAAGCUGGAAGAGCAUUUCCAGCCCACCCACACAUAACCUGUGUUAACCAUUUGGCAUUACAAUAAAAUAAGAUUCUGCACCAGGCAAUCCUUUUGUUCAAAUGUUUUGGUUUUGAAUGAAUUUGAAUUUAUCCCCAUGCCAACUUUGCAUUAGGGGCAGAAAGACCUUGCAUAAAAAGAAUAAUAGAAACCUGUAAUGUAGGGAUGCUCAAUGGUCUAUGCUUUCUGUUCAUCAAUUAGGGGAAAAGGUUGUGCUAUAACUGCCCCCACCCACAGUCACUUUAAAUAAUAAAUGUCAUCUCAAACUGUUAAAGAAAGGGGUAAUAACUAACUUUAUGUCACAGGUUGGAAAUGAUGUCCCUAUGUCAUAUGCUGUAAUGACUACCUUCUCGCUCCAGCAUUUAAUGGUAGAAAAGGGAUCACUAACAGUCGCACUUUUGCAGGAUCUGGCAAUUGUAAUCCCUAAAGCCUGUAUAGUUUUUUGCGUGGUAGAGCUUGUGAAGAGAAGGGGUCAAAACCAAGCUAAAAGCAACCAUUUUGGCUUUUGAAGUGCAUCUUUCUGGACCAACCGUUUGUAAAAUGUCUGUGUCUCAUGUUCUAGUAGCCCACCAGACCAUUUAGUCCCUGUUUUGUUAGGUUCGUGUGACACAUCACACAUCGUGUGACUAGGAGAUAAUUAUUCUAUGUACAUAGUGUUUGAAUCAUUAAACUACACACUGGUGCUCCUUUUACAACAAAGAUUAGCAGUAGUUAGUGGCUGCAUUCAGAUGCAGUGCUUAACGGGGGUUUAAUAUUACUACAGUGGACCUCAUACUUUUGUGCUCUUCUCUUCUUUCUCCCCCUCCAGUGAGGCACUGCAAGAAGGAGAUCUAAAGCUUCUGUUUUAUGUUAACUGCAGUUUAUUCUUCUAACCAAACCCUAAACUUUGGUUGAUAUUAACUAUGGUUAGUUGAAGCAAGCCAGCUUCAAAAGUUAUGGUUCGAAAUGGGCCUGUUUCAACUUAACUGUAGUUAAGAUGGACUACAGUUUGUCUGGGUUGGAAUGACAUGACAAACUGCAGUUAAUCUUCAGCAGAAACAAAAGCUUAUUUCUCCUCAUGACUCCACCAAAGACUUCGGGAGAGUGUGAGCCCAAGGUUUAGCAUUACAUUAGAAGGAGGACAUUGUGUGACUUGUUUUUUGUCUAAAUUUAGUAACUAGAGUGAAUAAUUCAUAAAGGAAACUUGAACAGGUUUUCAGUGUACUGCAGGUACUGUUAGCUUAACCAGGAUGAGUGAGAGAACCUUUAAUUACAAAGAGUUGGUCCUUGCAGUUUUAAAAAACUUCUACAUAUAUAUCUCUGCAUAGAAGCAGUUUAUGCGACUGUUACUUCCAUAUGCGCCCUGCAGGCGUUAUGCCUCUGAAUACAGGUGGGCAGAGUGCAGUUGUGCUUGUAGCUUGCAGGACUACAAAAGGCGUCUAGUCAGCUUCUGGACUAGAGGACCGUUGACCUGCAGGCUCGUCUUACUUGCUCACAACCACUGGUGAUCUUACAUAUUCCCAUGGGCAAUCAUAUGAAAACCAGAUUGCAUGGGAACUACAAGGACUUAGUGUCUGUGUUUUACAUGUGUGUAUACAGUAAUACCUACGCGAACGUCCAUCUAGCAUCCAUUCCGGCGAACGUCUGUAGCAAACCCGGAAGUACUGGAACGGGUUACUUCCAGGUUUGCCGCUCACGCAUGCGCAGAAUUGUUAAAUCGUGCUUCGCGCAUGCGCAGAAGCACAAACCACUCCGCAUGUGUGUGCAGAUGCGGCGCUUUGCCCUGUGGCCUUUUCGGCUAGCGUCCGGGGCUCUGGAACGGAUCCCGGCCGCAAAACAAGGUACUACUGUAUACAGGUAACUCACAACUUACAUGCAUUUAACUUGUAUGCAAUCCACUUUACACACUUAGCAAAAAUUAAAAAGGGGGUGGACAUCCAAGGUGGGCAAACUUUGCGCCAUCAAACGCAACUAUAUGCGAUUUUGGCUUUAGGUGCUGUCCCCAGAACAUAACCCCAGCGUUAGUUGAGUCUUGCUUAUAGACACAAAAAAUAUUUCUCCUAGUACUUUGGCUAAGGAUUAGAACUUUCAGAACUAAACACUGAGGACAGGAUAUGUAAACUGAUCUCUUUUCUAGUAGAAAUCAUUCCUUAGUAGUAUUGCAUGCUGUAAUUCUGCCCAGUGUAGUUGUUCAUUAGUUGUAAAAGCUGAAUAAAAAAAUUAAGCAGUGGUGGUAGUGGCCUCAGAAUGUCUUCUCAGAAAAAAAGGUCCUUAUUUCAAAUUAAAUAUUUGGGAAUUGUUCAUUUGUAUCCUUUAUGAUAUUAGGAUACAACUGCUAUGAAAAAACUCUUCAAAAACUUCGCAAAACAUUUUUAAUUUCAUCAAUUUUUAGAACCUUGUGUUCACGGGCCACUGUAAAGCAGUAAUUGGCUACUCUGAUUACAUCAUCCAUCAACGAUCAGCUACCUCAUGGAAACAGUGUUGUCAAAUCACAGAGCUGCCGUCCUUCCUGUCUGUAGUGAGCCCAAGGGUAAGUCUUUUAAAAAAGAAGUCCUUUCUACCCUCUUCUGAUUACGUUUUCCAGUUCUCAGAUAUUUCCAGAGAGCACUUAGUUUGUGUCUUAUUGUAUUUGUAUUUCAUUAACAGUGAUUCUAGGUUUGCUUAACUGUAGGAACUCAAGUCCACUGGAAAUACCACAUUUGAUGAAGAGAAUGGGAUUACAUCUGCCUUGCCUGAUGUGUAUAAGUUGGCCAUCAUGUUUGUAUGGCUGAUCCAUGCAAUCUGUACACUCAAAUUUUGUAAUGUACAGAUUGCACUGGUCAAGCCUAAGCAUAUAGAUUGACACUGCAACACACAGAUGUCUCUUGGAGCAAAAUGGGCAGAUGCAAUCCUUUCCCAUCAACAGUAACAUUCUUCACAGGGCUUUAGUAGCAAUUGAGACCUCCCUCUCCCCCCCCCCCCGGGUGAACCAAUGUGUAUUGAGCUACAGUAAAUAAAAUAAAAGUAAUGAGCACAGUAUUAUGUGAUAGCUGCUCAACACUGAGACAGAGAUCCUGUCUUGGACCCUUCUAGCCUUUCCCGAUCUCGGUCUCCUCUCCCUCUCUACUUUUGUUUUUAAAGUUAACUCAGUUACUGAACUGUUGACCUGCAUUUACAUUUCUUAGGCAGUAAGCUACUGAGAAACUCAAACGUAUUUAAUAGUCCAUAGGAAUUUAGCUUAUACAGGAUUGCAGAGGAAAUGACUUGUUGCUGCAGAAUUGGCCCUUCAGGAUAUCAGAUUUCUAGUGCUCAGCACUUCAUACAAACUCCAUGAAAUAUAAAUUAUUAUUUAUUGGGGGAGGGAUCACAUCCUAAUAAAAUGGUGGAGGGGAGCAUGUCUUGCAUAUUCACUCUUCUUUUUAUGAGUCAAUAAACUUGGAGAGUGUUUGGCUUCUUGCAAGCACUGUGUGUUAACAUAAUACGAAAGGCCAUAAUAAACUAGAUGUGACUCCAGAAAUACAGCUAACCAUCUGCUACCAGAAAACCCUCCCCACCCUGAAUGUGUUUGAGGAUUGUCUAGCGAGAUACCUGCCACCAGUGAAGACAUCUGGUUGACCUUAACUUACACUCCUCAGCAUAAUGUCUGCUAAUUAUUUGAAAGCAAGAGCAGAGCAAUAAAUACUGCAGUGUAUGGUGAAGCAAUAAUCAUAUAAAAGCAGGCAAGGAGCAGAAAACCCUUAUCACAAAAGCCUCCCAAAUGUUUCAUUCCAUUCCAUUCCUGAUCUGUACUUGUUUUAGUAAUAACACAUACUUGUGCAUUGUCUGAAUAAGAUAUGACGACCUUCAUGCUGACAUAUGAGCCUGGAUAGCUCAGUUGGUUAGACCAUGGUGCUGAUAACACCAAGGUUGCAGGUUCAAUCCCUGUAUGGACCAGCUGCAUAUUCCUGCAUUGCAGGGGGUUGGACUAGAUGAUCCUCAGGGUCCCUUCCAACUCUACAGUUCUAUAUGAGGAAUGAAAUAUAAGAACCACCUUACUGAACUCUUUACCACAUGCCUUCCAAGGUUUAAGCCUAUUGAGCAUUAAUUGUAACAAAGGUUCUCAAACUGGUCUGCAAAUUCCUUUCCGAUAGAGGGGGGAGUUUAGGAACUACUGUCAGCAGUUUUUCUACAGCACUGAUUAGUAUCAUCAAUGGCUACAAAUCUGGGAGUGCAAAAUAUGAUCCUAAAUUCUGCCGUAACAUAAAAUUAGGCUCUAAGUUUUUAUAUGCUUCCCAUCAUCUCUUUAAUGAUUCUUCAAUAAUACUAUGAGAGUUCGCUAUACAAAAUGACUUAUUUUACUAUCCUCAUGCUCCUGGGAUAUACAGUAUGUCGUUAGCCUAAUUCUGAAAUAGUUUUGUUUACCUUCCCACCGGAGCGGUACCUAUUUAUCUACUUGCGCUUUUUUGGCGUGCUUUCGAACUGCUAGGUUGGCAGGAGCUGGGACCGAGCAACGGGAGCUCACCCCAUCUGAUCGGCAGGCCCAAGAGGCCCUAGUUUUGUGUUACAGGUACACAAAUAAAAGACCUUCCCUUCUAGUAUUCUGGCAUGGCUGCAAGAAGAUCAGAAGUAUCUGUUAACCAAAGUUCCUUUAAACAUCUGAACAAGCCAGGAAAAUAAACCAUGGCUUAAUCCUGGCUUGUUUGAACAAACCAGAAUUUCAAACUAAGAGUCUCCCCAAAUUCUGACGUAAUUGGGAACUCUAGUUAGUUUAAAGUUGGAAACAUGCUUCUAAUCUCCUCCUUGUGUCUGUGUUACAGGAGGUGCCUUUUAUCCUGUAGGAAAGUUUGUGCAGCCCUGUAUCAGCCAUGAUAUUUUAUGCUUCGCUUCUGUUGUAUCUAAUGGGUAAUAGAAGGGAAAAUAUGAGAUGGAAACAUUUCCAUGUAAAGCAGUGCAUAUAAUUUCCCCCCUCUCUAGUGAAUGAGUCAGUCGGAGAAAGAUGGUCUUGACUCAGUGUAUUUGCUCUUUUCAUUUCCCAUCUCUUGUCUGAAGAUGGCAGUGCAGUAUUGUAUAUCCUGCUGGAAAAAGUGCUGAGUGCUUUGCGUUUCCGUUUAUGCUGUGGCUUUUCAUAGCUGGCAACUAGUUAGUUAACUCCCCCAAAAUAAGUUAGUGUAGUUGCAUUCAGUUUCUUUGAUAAAAGCUACCUUUAAAAUUGCUGCCCCUUUCCACAGUGUGCACUUGUGUCCCUCUACAACAGGGCUGAGAAACCCUUUAACCAUGCAGAGUUGCUGAACUACAACUCGCAUCAUUUUUAGCAAGCAUGGGCAGUGGUCAAGGUCAUAGGAGUUGUAGUUCAGCAACAUCUGGGAGGCAACUAUUCCCCACACUUGCUCUACAAGCAUGAGUCAAUCUGUGUGUUUUAACUAAGCACUCCCCGCCCCCCAAAUCUCUACCCAUGUGUUCCAUAAGCCACUUUGGGUGAUUUUUCAUUGUCUCAGCUAUGUUGCAUUGUACAUUUUGCCACAGCAUUCCCCUUCAAAAUUGUAUACAAUACAUGAUUCACAUGACUUGAUACUAUGUGUAUGUGCCUUAGGCUAGUCUCCCACAUCCCACAUGCUCUGUUUUUAUACGUUCUGCUUUUAAAGAUAUCAGUUUGAUGCUUCUUCUUUUUUAAUAGAAAGGAGGAGUUGAGAUCGAGAUGGACAAUUUAUUUUUAUUUCUCCUAAAAGAACAACAAUAAAUUAUUCUUAGUACCCCAGUAUCUUGGAUAACAUGCUUGUAGACAUGAGAUAAAUGACAGACCUAAUAGUUCUCCUUUAUCUUUUACUGUUAAGAACAUUGGCUUAGAUCCUAACUGAGACUCAGCUGACAGGAGUAUACCAUAAACAGAGUUCUAUUAAUGCUCCUACCAGUGGAAACGGGGGAUUGUAUUUUUGUCAGUCCCACCCCCCCACGUCCCUUGAAAAUCUGCUGCGACGGGUUGGUGGACCCUCCAACCAGCAGAUAAGAUAGUGCAAGGGACUGCAUGUGAAAAGGUAGAUGGCAAAAAAAUCUGCCAUAUAUACAAGAUAAUUUUUUCACUGUCGUUGCAUUUUGUUGAAUAAUUCUCUAGAUGACAGGUGUUCCGGAACAGCUACUGUGCAGAUGGAUAACCAGAGUUUGUAACUUAUGAUUACGGCUUAUACAGCAGUCCCUUUCUUUCUCACUGAGUCUAGUAUCUACCUUGUUGUUGAUUUGGCUUUCACUGCUUAGCUGUGAAAAUGUAUUUGAGAGCACGUACUUGCUGUACAGGAUGGCACCACGGACUUGCAUUUUAGCCUGUUGAGGAGAGAUAAGAGAGUACUAUAGCUUUUUACAAAAGGCAACCUUGUCUGCUGGAACAGACUCCUUAUCUUGAGACUAUUCAGCUAUUCAGCCAUUGAAGAAACAGCUGUUUGGCUAACAUUCUACUCCAUCCAGAUAGCAGCAAAGAUUAAAAAUGAUGGAGAUGGUCCAAGAUAGCUACUUUGGUAUAAAGAUUAGAUUCCUGUGUUGGCAGCACUGUUUGACUGGGUAAUUUAUAUUGAAGCUGACAGUAGGGAAGGUGACAUGCAAAGGAAGAUAAACUGAAGACCUCAGUGUUCUAAAUACGGAAAUGAAAUUUUGCAUUUGGAUAGCUCAGAACUGCGUUGAGUUUAAAGAAAGUGCUGCGUUAAAAAACCUGACUUUUACAAUUCAAGCACACAUACUGUGAUGCUAAUGUAGGGGCCUUGUGCGACAUGUCUACACUCAGAUGGCUUAAAGGUCCACUGCCAUUUGCACAUCUAGUGUAGAAGAGUAGCCUCACAAUCACUGCAGUUGAUUCCCAGAGACACAAGUGCAAUCAAGUUUCAAGAAGAGAUCAUUCCUGCUUUGCAAAAGGAAUAGGAAAGAGGAUUUUUGAAGGCAGCUUUUUCUUACGCCUGACACUACCAGAUGUAUGAAGGCCUUACAGAGAUGCCAGAUAGAAGACACACUUGACACUAAAUGAGCAUUCCAUAAUUACCAUGUCUCUUUCCAAGUGUCAAGUACCUGAGGAACUGGUCUGGUCUGUUGUGCUGUUAAAAAUAGACAAAUAGAAGGCUGCUGUAGUAAAGAACAAACUUAGUUGGUCUCUUAAGGUGCUACUGGACUAUUUUUUUAUUUAUUUUGUAGUAAAGUGCAGUUUAAUUUCAAAACCAGAUAAUUCAUUUUUUCUGAUUCUAUUGCAUUUUUGAGUCACUUCAGAUAGCAUUUACACAACGUGUGUUCCUGCAUGCUAAAUCAGUGAAAUUCAUGCUGUAUUGAUUCUGACCAAUGGUUUCACUGUAUAAACAGGCUAGAGUAAAUCAAAAUCUCAAGUCCGUUACAUAAUUGUUAAAGGAUGAUCCAGAAGUACAGAGCAACCAAAGCAUACCCAGUGGGGUUCUCCAGUGAAGAGAGGAUGAGCGCAGUGAUUGGCAUUUUAAAGCUACCUUCGCCUCAAGCCUUAUGCCUUGCCACUCCCUUCUUCUGUUGCAUAUGAUAUGAAGUCGUCUCCCUCUCCUUCAUCAAGCCUUGUUUUUCUUCCUUCUUUACUACACUUUGGUUUGCCAGCUAACCUUUCCCUCCUUUUCCUUCUCAAGUCCUUUCCUAUAUCCUUUGAACUUUGAUAGAUUUGAAUCCCUGUGGGCAGGAACCACAUAACUUCUGAAUUUUGUCUGUCUAAUUGGGUGCUAAGGUUUCAGAAGUGUUAAAUUGAAGCAGUAAGAAGUGAAAAUAUUAUCAGGCUGUGGGCCAACAUCUGCCACUGUUACAAGUCAUCUUGAAAGAUGAGAGUGAUCGAGUAGUUUUGUAACCGUUUUUGAAUCAGUACUAUAUAGCUAAAGGAACCUCAUUUAUUACUGAUAUUUAAUCUCAGCCAAUAUUUUCACAAUCUCUCCAGUAUAAUUAUACCCUUUUAAUCCACAGGUAACAGCUGUGCCACGGGAUUUCUACUGCAAUGAUCGGAGUGCAGAAUAUGAGCGCAGAGCACUUAAAGACGGAGGAAGCCUUGAAGCAAAGCAAUGUGUAUUGCAUGGAGCGCCUGAACUAGCAGCUGGCUGGCUAAAACGGUGCUCUCAGUUCUUUCCGGAAUUUCCAGGGGGAUUAUUAGGGGUCAGACCUCAAAACGGCUGGUCUUUCAUCAGGAUACCAGGUAGGCAACAUCUCUAUAACUGCAUAGUUUAAUAACAAAGUGGAUUAUAUGACUUUGCUUAUCUACAUAUGCUAGUAUGUUCUACCCAUGCAUUAAAUGACGACAAACUGGGAAAUAAUUCAUACUUCCUUUUGGGGAAUCUUCCUGCAAUAAACUUGUAGGAAAGUUGGGUGUGUGAGAGAAUGAUCAGUGGUUACCUAAUUGAGCCUAUUUGAUAGCUUUCUUGUGCUGGCAUAGGCAGGGGGUUGGACUAGAUAACCCUCAGGAUCCCUUUCAACUCUGAUUCUGUGAUUCUCGUCUCUGCACCAUUCUGGGUAUCUGGACCAAAUCCGCAGCUCACUAGUUCAGUCUGGCAUUUUCAAACUGAUCUUCUUCCUUUACCUUUUUCAUCCACUCCCAUAUAUCCCAGCUGUCCCUAUUUUCUGGUUCCUGUCAAAACCAGUGAGGAGGCUAAGAAACAAAGAUAUUGAGCAAGUACUUUACAGGAGGAGCAAUGUGGUUAACAUUAAGUAUAUGAUAAGCUUCAAAACAGUUAUUAAAGCUAGGAUGUUCAAACCAUUGAUUCUCAACCUCUUUGGUAUGGCAGCUCACAAAUCUAAAUUUACAGUCAUACCUUGGUUGUCGAACGGAAUCCGUUCUGGAAGUCCGUUCGACUUCCAAAAAUGUUUGACAACCAAGGCGUGGCUUCCGAUUGGCUGCAGGAGCUCCCUGCACCCAAUCGUAAGCUGCUCUGGACGUUCGGCUUCCAAAGAACGUUCGCAAACCGGAAUACUCACUUCCGGGUUUGCGCUGUUUGGGAGCCACAACGUUCGAGUCGCAAGGCGUUCAGGAUCCAAGAUACGACUGUACUUUGUAUGUUGACCCAUCAGUUCAUUGUCACAUAUAGUGGUACCUCGGGUUACAUACGCUUCAGGUUACAUACGCUUCAGGUUACAGACUCCGCUAACCCAGAAAUAGUGCUUCAGGUUAAGAACUUUGCUUCAGGAUGAGAACAGAAAUCAUGCUCCGGCGGCGCGGCAGCAGCAGGAGGCCCCAUUAGCUAAAGUGGUGCUUCAGGUUAAGAACAGUUUCAGGUUAAGAACAGACCUCCAAAACAAAUUAAGUACUUAACUUGAGGUACCACUGUAAAUUUUGGGCCUCUGAUCUUGCAGCCGUCAGCUUCAUGCAUUUUAAUUGCAAGUUUGCCUAUUUUACAACCUUUACCUGAGGUGUCCAGGCAAAAACUUACCUAACACCCCUAUUAAUGUGGAAUAUGUUGAAAUAUUUAUAGUACUUCCAGAGUUAUUCACUGCGGUUUUUUUAAUGGGAAUGUAAGAACACCAAGGCCUGUCGCUCUUUUCUCUCUAACUGGUGUGAGCCGCUUUGCCAAGAUUAUAAUUGUCUGAAAAACAGGAUAAAAAUACAGUAAAUAAUAGAUAAGAUGAAGCUUGUUUGAGCAAGUGAAUUAAACUCAAGGAGCAAGGAGCAAUUCGAUACAGGGCUAGUUUUCAGGCUACAAAGUUGCAGUGAACAGCAAAACAGCUGCUACUUCAGUUAACUCUGCCCUCCUCUCUCAGACUGUUGUAGUUGCGAUCACUGUGGGAAUCUCUGGAGGCCUUUCCUGUUCUUUGAAAGAGAAAUGAUCUUAGAUUAAAUGGCAGGAAGUGUCUGAGUCCUUUUUGCAUUGAUAAAAAGCACCAACUUUGCUGGCUGUUUACUGUGAGUGCUAGCUAGCUCUGCACUGACCCCUUUAUGCCCUGCAGCCUUCUAGAGGAGGGAGGCAGCGGCUGGAAACUAUGAUUUGUUCCUCCUUACUCUUAUUUUUACACCAGCAGAGGUGCAUUUUCUAAUUCCCUAGAGGGAACUAAGAUUAAGUCAGGCUCCGAAGGAGAGGGGACUCUAUAAUUGGGGUUCUGUUAAGCUGUCAUUUUGACCAGACAUGUUUCUUCCCCAGACAGUAACAUCAUAGCAUCUUCUCAUUCCCCAGCCAAGUCUAGAUAAGUCUGAUUAAAAGUAAUAAUUCUCUUAAAUGAAAGGAGGCCCAUUUGAUUUAUAACCUGACAGCACAAUUUUGCGCCAGAAAUAGACAGAUUUUCCUAUCUAACCCUUUAUGUGUGUUAGAUUUUAUCCAACGGUGUUGCAUAACUGAAAGCAAGGCUGCAUCCUCCUGUGCCCCCUUGAACCCCAAAUUCUGCUCAAAAGGCCCCCCCAGUCUUCUGGAACAGAUUGGGGAGAGGGAGCUGCAGGGGAAUCAGUAGAAACUGUUUUCUUCCCCAUUCUGAGUGAUACCAUUCAAUACAACCCAUUGAACCAAAUGUGAAAAUCUUAUCUUCAGAGUAGAAUCAGAUCUUGGGUGUUAUUUAACAAAUGAUUCUUUUGUUCUGUUUAUUUCCGCUAAAGAUGGUAAAGGAGCAGAGUGCAGUCAAAUGGAAAAAGUUAAAUAUUGUUUAUUCGUGGUAUUCUUUUCAACGUUAGGUGGCAGGAUUUAUUCAAAGUUCAAAAAUAAUUUAACUAGUGCAGGUGAAAUGUGAUAUUAAAGAAAAAGGCAAGAAUUAAAAAUACUUGUGUUUUGUUGUUUUAAACUCUUUUUUCCUGUUAUUUGGUUCCUGAUGAACUUGGGUCGCCUGUUGUAAAGUAGUUUAAAAGACUGUUAAGUAACUAAUUUAUCCAUUCUGAUUUCAUACAUUCUAUUGGGAAGUGGUAGUGGAAUGAGUUUCCUCUAUGUGAUUGGUUGAUUUCUUGCCUAUCCUUCACCAUAAGAUCUCAUGGUGGGUUACAAUCACCAUCUGGCGGCAUCAUCACUAACUGUUUUUAGGUGCCAGGCAGAAUCAUUCUUAUUCACCCAGGCCUUUGGAUCUUAAUUGUAAUGCAGGGGCAUUUUGCAUUAGGGGCUAUAGCACUUAGAGAGAAAUAAGCCUUCUCCCUGCUGCACCCCCACCCAAAAAGUAAUGCCCCCACAUUGUUCUCAAUGUUCUCUUUUUUAUUUUGAUUAUGUAAUUUGUGUUUUUAUAUUGUGAUUUUUAUCCUGUGAACCACCCUGAGGCUGAGUAUAGGGCGGUAUACAAGUUAAAUAAAUAAAUAAAUAUUUCCCCCCUUCCUUCCCUUUAGACAAAGAGAGUCUGAUCACAGACAGUGGAAAACUUUAUGCCCUUGAUGUUUUGUUGACAAGAUUGAAAUCUCAAGGACACAGAGUCCUUAUCUACUCUCAGAUGACACGGAUGAUUGACUUGUUGGAGGUAGGAUUCAUUUACCCUGCAUGAAGGAGAAACUGAAGCUAAUGACUAAGGAAAUAUAGUAUUUGACAUAAAUACAAUCUUUUAAGGAAAGGAGAGGCUGUGUGGAUUGCAUGCUUUUGCUAGCGCAGCAGCAUGCUGGACCAGGAUAUACAUUUACAGAGAAUCAUGCAUACUUUCCCCCACUCUCUGCUCUGUCCCUAAGCUAUGUAAGAUCUGGCCCAUUGCAGUCAUGCCGUUCUGUGUUGCUGUCCAAGUGAAGUCCUAGAUACUUAGCUGCACCAGCGUAACCCUGUCACUUUCAGACUGACCAAGUGGACCACUUACAGAAUCAUAGUUCAGUAGAACUAUUGGACCAGGCUCUAAAUCAAUUGCUUGGUUGCUCUUGGUUUUGAAUAAUUACUAUUGGAUGGUGUAUAUAUUUUUUCUAUUGUUGUAAAGUCCCUGUCAUUUGCAGUUUACCAAAGGAAGGAAGAGAUGAAGUUACUUAUUUUAUCUGCUGCCUCAGUAAACCAGCACACUCUACCCAGGACUGAUUUCAUUAUUUUCAAGGAUUACUACUUCUAGUGUCAUGCUGACAGCGUCAGCUGAGCAGGCUUAAUGGGAGGAUAUUCAAGAGGUUUUAAUAUAACUAUCCCUCUAGGAUUAGCAGUAUCUUUUUUACUUUUAAAAAAGCUACAAAGAUAAAAAAGAGUCUACAACCUGUGUGCUGUUAACUAUCUGAAAGACUUUCUUGCAAAAACUCUUGAAUCUUCCACUGUAAUUAUUAUGCUGUUGUUAACAUCCCAAAUACCAUAGUUGUCAUUAAAUAACUAUGUUUUAUCAUUCUAACUGUCUUGGUCUAUAUUAGCAAGAAGAGCUACCAUAAUUCAUUAAGCCUUAGCUCAGUUCUUCCUCCUUAAUCCAUGCAAAUGUACUUAACCUAUUUGAGACAGAUUCUAAUAUACCACCCCUUUCCUCAGUGGAAGGCCAGUAUACCCUCUGGUGGGAGAUGAACUCUACUGAGGUCAUAAUAUCCUUCCAGGAACUAAGCAUUGAUUGCAGUUCAAUAUUUUCUUUUUUGAUUUCUAAAUAGGAACUUGGGUUUUUAUCCUUAUUUUUUGUUUGUGGUUGCAACAUUUUUUCAUGCACAAGGCCUGAAAGAAUAUUCUUAAUAUUUCAUAUAUAUUUUUUAAUAAUUCAAAAAGAUGGACUGCAAGAACACUACUGUUCUUUUGCAUUCACGCAGCAUGCUCAAUGGAGGGACGAGGGUGGCGCUGUGGUCUAAACCUCUGAGCCUCUUGGGCUUGCUGAUCAGAAGGUCGGCGGUUUGAAUCCCCGCGAAGGGGAUGAGCUCCCGUUGCUCGGUCCCAGCUCCUGCCAAUCUAGCAGUUCGAAAGCACGCCAAAAAGUGCAAGUAGAUAAAUAGGUACCGCUCCGGCGGGAAGGUAAAUGGCGUUUCCGUGCGCUGCUCUGGUUUCACCAGAAGCGUCUUAGUCAUGCUAGCCACAUGACCCAGAAAAACUGUCUGUGGACAAACGCCGGCUCCCUCGGCCUGUAAAGUGAGAUGAGCACCGCAACCCCAGAUUUGUCUGCGACUGGACUUAACUGUCAUGGGUCCUUUACCUUUUAGCAUGCUCAAUAUUUAUAUCAUACCUCAUUUAAACAAUAUAAAACACAAAACCUAUUCCCUUACUCAGUCUGCUCUUGGCAGGCUAUCCUCAUUUUCAAAGAUCUAUUUUUAUGGAUGGGGAAAAACAAGAACUACAGUACUGGAUACAGUGCAGCAAACAAGCUACAGUUUAGCUAAACAAACAUGGUUUGGUUUUAUCUUCAAAUGAGACCACUGAGUCACCCAACUCCUUUGAUCCCAGUGAAACCUUUUAAAAAAUUAUUUAACUGUAUUACACCUUUCCAUCAAUGAAGUUAAGGUGGUGCACCUGUUUCUCCCCCUUCCUGUUUAUUCGUGCAACAACCCCAUGAAAGUUGGUUAGGCUGAGAGACUGUGACUGGCUGUAGAUUACACAGUGAGCUUGAUGGCUGAGUGGAGAUAUGAACCCUGAUAUUUGCAGUUAACAACAACAGCAUUAUGACCUUGAGUUAUACCAAAGCUUGUUUAUUGAUUACACCCCCCCCCCCGAAACAAGUCUGUUGUCAGAGUUUUAUAUACACUUCUUGAAAAUAAAUUCAGCAUCAAAAAUAUUAAACUUUGUGUAUUGUAUGUUUUGUAAACCAAGCAAAUGUGCAUAUAUUCUUCUGAACCUAGAAAGGUGCAAAAAACUAUGUGCUCCUGUGCUCCUUAGUCCCCUUCAGGCUUCUUUCAUUGCUGUUGCUCAUAUUGUUGCAAAUAACAUUCCUCCUCCUGCUUCAAUGUGUGUGUGUGUGUGAGAGAGAGAGAGAGAGAGAGAGAGAGAGAAUAAAGUACAUGCAUACAUUAAAAUCAAAUUUAAUUUAGAGAUUAAUUCAAGUACAGAAUAAUGUGUAAAAGGAGUGAGAUGAGCUUGUGAAUUAAUACAAAAAUCUACCGUCUUGGAUAUAAUUUUGAGCACAUUGAAAUACAAAUAAAACUUAAAGAGGCCUGAAACUGUUUAUGGAUUUUAGAUUAUAACAAUGGCCGUGGAGGUCAGAAAUAGUUAAGUACAUGGUGCGAACAAAGGACUGAACAUCGCUUGGUAAUUUGCCCAGUAAAUGAAUAUUAACUGAAUGGUGAGCAAUGAAGUACCUACAUGACACAGGCUUCCUGAGCACCUCAGUCUUUUUUUAAUAAUCAGGUUUUAAUUCAACAGGUUCAGGAUUAGUAUGUUUUUAGCAGCACUGCAUGGUGCAAACAGUUUAUUUUGCUUUUAAAAUUACAUUAGUAGCCUUCUGGCAUAUUGGAAGCUCACACAAUAUUACAUGGCACUGUGAUGUUCAAAACAACUAUAAUUGUUUGUUCUGUUGAAAAUCUAGAUAAAAAAUGUUGAGAUUUUGUUCUGGGUUUCUUGUAGGAGUACAUGGUUUACAGGAAGCAUACAUAUAUGCGGUUAGAUGGGUCUUCAAAAAUCUCUGAGAGAAGAGAUAUGGUAGCUGACUUUCAGAACAGGUAUGUUUUUCCCUUUGCUUUUUCUGUUGAAUUAUUGCGAUGGGGUUCUGUUAAGUAGUUUCCAAAUCACCAGGUACACAGGCUCCUCCAUCCUCCUAUGGAAUAUGGUUAGUGUUGGGGCCCCUCCAUUCUUCUUGUAGGAAUAUGUUUAUGCUAUACAUCGGCCAAGGGGUGAUGGAAAGGAAGAGCCAGGUAACCUUUGUAAGUGAAACUGCACAGUCAACCCAUUGGAUCCCAGCUUAUGACAAACUGUACUUACACUGUCGUUCUUCAGCAUCUAAGCUAUGGGUGGGAUGCAACUACUUACUUCUGGCAGCUGAAGCCUGAACCAAGGGCUUCUUGCCCAGUGAGUCUUCACCCCCUCACUCCCCCAAAAUUGGAUCUUGUGGGGUUGGGAGAACCCCCUAGAUAAGCACACAAGGGGAGGAGAACAUGGAUUGUUCCGUCUGGCACUUGCAAUGAAUUCCUCCCAUGAGGGUCCAAAGAAUCACCCUUAGUAUUUCACUUAAACACUAGGGCUGUGUUGGUUCUUCAUUUCCUUAGAAACACAUUUCAAGUGAGUACCAACGGUACCUUUUCCUGACAUUUCCUAACCCUGCAGUUUCUGUGGUUUUUGUUAUCUUUUACACAUUGUAAACAGCCACUUUUGGAAAUCUAGUGGAAUCUAAUGAAAGUUUGAUGCUGGUUUCCAUGUUGUUUCAAAGAAACAAACAAAAUUAAUUUGCCACCCCCAUUAACUCGGAAAAUCAUGGGAGUUUUGUGUUGUAAUUUCAUGUGAUGAAAUUUGUGGUGGUAUUCCAGCACUGAGUUCUUUCCCAUCAUUAAAGAUUUAGCCAGAUCAAAAAGGCCACAGUGCAACAAGUCCUGUAGCAUAAAAUCAGUAUUAGAAAUCAAGGCAGAUACGUUGAUAUUAUAAUAAUAAACUGUUGGGUGAAGUGAUUCUGUCUUUGAUUGCAAAAGUCAAAACCCUCCUGGUAAUAGUCAUUAUUGUCGUAAGUAAUGUUUAUGUAGCAACACAACUGCAAUGGUUGCUUUUGUUCUUUCUAUCUCUCUCUGUAGGAAUGAUAUCUUUGUGUUCCUGUUAAGCACAAGAGCUGGUGGCUUAGGCAUUAACCUUACAGCUGCUGAUACAGUGAGUAAACAGCUUGGUUUGAAAAUGUUUUCUUAACACUGUGGGCUAUUCCAGGAUAGUUUGUACUCAGCAGAAAGGAAGAAGCACUAAAACAGGAUAUUUCAUAUGUCAAAAAGCAUAAAGCUACUAUAGUCUGAUUAAUUAACAGAGCUUGGAUAUUCCUGGUAGUACAGAAUUAUUUGAUAUAAUAUAAAGUUUCACUACCUUUGCUUUCCUAAAUCUGAAUAUGAUGGCUGCUUCUUGCAUUGUCUUUUUUCCAGUAUGAAGACAAUUAUAGUGUAGCAAAAGAAAAGAAAACAACCCCACAUAAUUCAUGAAGUGUUAUGACUGGCCAGUAAUCUAAACCUGGAAAAACAAAUAAUUUUUACCCCAUUUCAGAUGUGAAUUGUGCACAUGCUUUUUGCUGCAUGAAGUUGAUCUCCAUGUUAGUAAUAGUAAUGUGUAAAGCAGACUUUAAAUAAUUAUGGUCUUAUACAGAACUGGACUUGUAUCUGGGUUCACCCCAAAAAAAUCACUAAGAUGUUAUCAUUCUUAAGGCAACGCUAUUUACUAUCAUUUUAAAGUGCAGUACAAACUUUGGGUGGUGACCAUAGAAUCAGUUUUGUAUUUGUAACCUUUUCCCCUCAAAAAAAUGCCCUGACAGGUAAUUUUCUACGAUAGUGAUUGGAAUCCAACAGUAGAUCAGCAGGCCAUGGAUCGAGCUCACAGGCUGGGUCAGACCAAACAGGUCACUGUGUACCGGUUGAUUUGUAAAGGCACCAUAGAGGAACGCAUCUUGCAGAGGGCCAAGGAGAAAAGUGAGGUAAGGGUAACAAAAUAUGGAAUAAUGUGGUGUAGAAGGGAUAGCAAGGAAAUUGAGCUGUGAUUGAUGAGAAAUCAGAGAUUAAUCUCCAGCAAAGAUAAUACCACCUAAUGGGAAAUGAUUACCUUUAUAUGCCUGUAAUGAAGUGUAGCACUCAGCAGUAAUGGGUAAAUUGUACAUAGCAGCAAAGUUCUUACUACUUUAGGGUGCACACAUACCUUCUUGUGCCAUGGAGUGCCUCUUGGGAUUAGAAUUACAAAAUAACAUUGCCAUUUUUAAACAACUUUCAAAGUUCAGACUUAAAAAAUCAUAAUAUUUCUCCCACAUUCAAUCUAAUAGAUAUUAGAUAAAGUGCCUCCACUUUCUCUUGAUUGUCUCUGGCAUUAAAUAAUCUGAGAAGAAAAUUUCAGAUGCAUUUUUUCUUUUCCAUAGAUUCAAAGGAUGGUGAUUUCAGGAGGCAAUUUCAAACCCGACACCUUGAAACCCAAGGAGGUGGUUAGUCUUCUUCUGGAUGAUGAAGAACUUGAGAAAAAAUGUAUGUGUGAGUCCAUACUCCUACCUCUGUCAUAUACUUCAACAGCUCCCACUGUGUGCCUGUGUUUUUGUUUGCUAAUUUAUUUGUAUCAAUAACUAUAAAAUGAGGUAGAUGAAGAAGCUAAGUGCUUAUGUCCCAUUGAAAUAAGUGCAAACAGAAAGUCAUGUCUUGAUCUUUUCCCAUUUAUUUCAGUGGGAGCUAAGCACAACUAUUUUAUCUGGAUCCACCCUUAAAUAGAUGCAUUCAGUAUCAAGAUUAAAGGCAGUUGAGACAUUUGACUCCAAUUUUGCUUCAGAGUGCUGUUUUACAAAACUAAAAGCUUAAGAAUCUCACAAUCACGCUCCUAUUUAAAAGCAGAAAUGCUGCCUUCUCUUUUUAACUGUUCCAGAGAGUGUUCCUCCAACUCUCUGAAGCAGAUUUGGGGAAGACAUGGUGUGUCCAAGGAAGAUGAGUGGAAGGGGAAGUUCCACUGUACAAUCAGAAAUAGUUGCGCUAAUGGAACUACUUUGUUGGAUACUAUUCUUGGAUUUGGGUCUGAUAGUCAGACUUUUUUGAGGGAACGGAGAAUGGAACCAUGAUAAUGGAUGAAGUUACAUUGUUGGGGUUAAAGGACCAUCACAGGCCUUAUUCCAAUUGCGUUCAACUGGGCUCUUGUGUUUUGCAAGAAUUUUGCAGUUCUUCUGGUAAAUAAUGGUUUCUGACUUUAUUUUUUAACUGGUAGUGCGCCAGCGUCAGGAGGAGAAGCGGCAGCAGGAGGAGACAAAUCGUGUGAAAGAGCGUAAACGAAAGAGGGAAAAAUAUGCUGAAAAGGUACUUCAAAUAACACUCCUGUUAUUUUGUUACAUUAUUGCUUUAAAUGUUUUUUUUUAUUAUUACCUUCAGGAGCAGUAAGGCCACCUGUCCCACUCAGGUUAAUUUUAGUGCUUUCCUGAUCAAGGAGGUUCAAUCUUCCUGGGAGAGCAAGUGAUGCAAAUUCUCCAGUGGAUGUGUCUCUGUUUUAAAGAAUGUUGUUCUUCUGUCUUUUGCUUUGUAUUUGCUUUUCCACAGAUAGGGUUAAUUCAGAUUUAAAGUGGAAAACUAGUCAUUCUAAUUUGAUUGUAGCUCACUUCUGAAGAGAAUGAAAAUUCUCAAUAAAUAUAAUUUUUGCUGUCUGAAAUGAAUUUUCCUGAAAUAAUAAUACUUGAGAAUAGAGCCUCCUUUGGAUAGCAGUGUUUCUAAUCUGGCAUUGAAAAUGUUGCUGUUUUCCUCAAACAGUUUAGGUCCUGGUAGAUAACUUAAAUUUUCAUUAUACAGUUCUAAUAUGCACAUUUUUGUAAAUAGUUGUUCCUGAUAUAAUGCAUUUUGUAUGUUAUUUUCACUAAUAUAUGCAUUUUUAUGCACACUUCACUAAAACACACAUUUUUGUUAAUUUUUUUGGUUGGAGAACUGCACUGCAAAGUUCAGUAAAGGGCCUGCUUUUAGCCACUUUUCCAUGUCUUCCAGCCCUUUUGAUAGUUGUUUCCUUAAUUUGAUUUCAGAAGAAGAAGGAAGACGAGUUAGACGGGAGGAAAAGGAAAGAAGGCAUGAAUCUGGUGAUCCCGUUUGUUCCAUCUGCAGAUAAUUCCAACCUCUCAGCUGACGGGGAUGAGUCAUUUGUUAGUGUUGACUCUGCCAUGCCCAGCCCUUUCAGUGAGGUAGGAAUUUCUUUACCAACACCAUUGGGCUGCUUCAUACAUGGCAAUGAGAUUAUCGCAGUGUACACCAGCUGUGGAUGGAGAUAGCCGUACAGUGGUACCUCGGGUUAAGUACUUAAUUUGUUCCGGAGGUCCGUUCUUAACCUGAAACUGUUCUUAACCUGAAGCACCACUUUAGUUAAUGGGACCUCCUGUUGCCGCUGCGCUGCCGCUACACAAUUUCUUUUCUCAUCCUGAAGCAAAGUUCUUAACCUGAAGCACUAUUUCUGGGUUAGCGGAGUCUGUAACCUGAAUCGUAUGUAACCUCAAGCGUAUGUAACCCGAGGUACCACUGUACAACACUUUUCCAAUCUUUAGAAACUUCCAGGUUAGCUUUGAAUAUAUGGGCAAGGCAGACAUCAGAUUGCCGUUUGCCAUUCUGACCAUAUAUCUGAUAUCUAUUUUAAAGUAUCUUGCACUGACUUCUCGUACAUUUCAAGGCUCAGUUCAAAGUUCUGGCUUUAACUUGAAAUAACUUGGGACCAUGGUCCCUAAAAGUUGUCCCGUUUGAGCCAACUCAAAAUUUAAGAUCCGCAUCAUAGGGCUGCUUCAGAGUGCCCACACUCAAUAAGAAUAGGUGAAUGGCAGAUGGAAAGAGGUUCUUCUCAUUGAUGGGUCCCAUUUGUGAUAGGUGAGGGAGGCAGCAACACAUUUUGUAGAAGAAAAGUAGGACCCUUUCAUUCUCCAAGGCUUCUAGCAGUUUUUAUAGUCUUGCAUUAUUUCUAUAGGGCACUGAUUACAGCAUGCAGGCUUAAUCCAAAAGCAUAGCUUAAUGUAAACUUACAGACUUUUAUUUUUAUAUGAUCUAGAUUUCCAUCAACAGUGAGUUGCACAUGGAAUCCAUCCCACCUGACGAUAGCAGCAAUGACAUGCUGGUGAUUGUGGAUGAUCCAGCAUCUUCAGCGCCUCAGUCAAGAGCUACUAACUCUCCUGCUUCCAUCACGGGCUCAGUGUCUGACAACAUGAAUGGUUAGUAUUUGUCUUUAAACAUGGCGCACAAGGAGCAUAAUGUGAACUCUGUAUAUGGCCAUGCUUCUGAGCACUGGAUUUGCUUACGGGCAGGACUGGAGUUAAUCUGGCAAAUAAUGUCUCCUUCAGAUUUGUUAGCUCAGGUGAAAUCUAAUGUGCUUGAUCAUUCACCGCUUAAUUCUUUUGAUUCUAAAUAAGCUUCAUAAGUUGGAAUAAGGACAAAAGUAUGAAGUUGGCUCUUAUUUCAAAUCUCAACUCGGCUGUAAAUUUAACUGGAUGGGUUUAGGCAACUCCUGUCUCUUUCAGCGCCCCAUUUGCCUUACAGUUUAGGAGGAGGAUAAUACUGACCUAUACCCAUAUCAGAAGUGCCAAGCUUCUUUUCAUUACUGUAUUUGAGAGGUUUCUUGCUUAGAGGUAUAUGUAGUCGAAAAAUAAAUUUUGAAACACCUUCAACUGCUCUGCCUUCCCUUUUAGUUCUUGCCUGCAGCAUUGUCUCUCACAGGAGGCAUUGAAAAGAAAAGUGACCAGAAGGGAAAUGGGGGUCUCGAUCCUUCUCCCUGACUCGUUUGGCUGAGUUGCCAUUGCAGAAUGCAGACAAAUUGCAGUUCUCUUAAUUCCAUUCUGUCCAAGUCUGAAUAGUUACAACUGUUUCCUGAAAUUACCGGUUUGAAAAGGGGGCUCUAUUAAUUACCGUAUUUACUCGAAUCUAAUGCUCACCUUUUUUUGGCCAAAUAAUGUUGUGAAAAUUAAGGUCCUCAUUAGAUUCAAUGGCACAUUUACAUUUGCCAGCAAAUACUUUUUGCUUUCAAGGUUCUGAAAAUUGAGGUGCGCAUUAGAUUCGAUGGUGCAUUAGGCUCGAGUAAAUACGGUAGCUAUCAGCAGUGCAAGUUCCAGGUAGUGGGUAGAGUUGCUGUAGUUCCACAAAGCUGACUAAUGUUACUGGUUUAUGGGAUCAGGCCAUCAGCUUUACAGUUUAGAACAGUGGUUCCCAAUUGGUCGUCUGUGAACCCCAGGAUGUCCGUGUAACCCAUCCAGGGUGUCCAUGGCAAAAACUACCAUAGAGAUAUCAAAAUUUACAAAAGUAGGGGGUCCACAAUACAUAUCUAAUUGGGAACCAUUGGGUUAGAACAUUGCGUACCAUUGCCUUUCCCACUCCCCAUCCCUCAGUUAUAAUAUAAUUUAUUAUUUAUACCCCACCCAUCUGUCUAGGUUUCCCCAGCCACUCUGGGCAGCUCCCAACAUAAUAUUAAAAACGAUGAUAAAUACAUCAAACAUUAAAAACUUCCCUAAACAGGGCUGUCUUCAGAUAUUUUCUAAAAGUCAGGUAGUUGUUUAUUUCCUUGACAUCUGAUGGGAGGGCGUUCCACAGGGCGGGCGCCACCACCACCGAGAAGGCUCUCUGCCUGGUUCCCUGUAGCUUUGCUUCUCACAGUGAGGGAACUGCCAAAAGGCCCUCAGAGCUGGACCUCAGUAUCUGGGCAGAACAAUGGGGGUGGGGACGCUCCUUCAGGUAUACUGGGCCGAAGCCAUUUAGGGCAGUUCAGCUUUGACCUUGUAUAAACUCUAAGAUAAUAUUUCUAAAACAUUGUAUCUCUGAGCUCUGUCACCAAACUUAUGAGGCACCCCAAAUUAAAAAGAAUUGCAGUUCUUGUUUAAUUGAUUUGGAAGGUCAUUGUUGUUGCUUCCGAAGAAAGGCUUUCAAAAGUCGCUAGAAUAGUAUAGACUUGAGUAAGUGGAUGAUUUUAUUGAACUAGUUCCCUUUGAUGGAAGAUUAAGCUAUGUUUUUUAAAACGAUGAAGUAUCAAGCAGAGCAAGCUAAAUGCUUAUACAGUCAUACCUCGGGUUGAAGUAGCUUCAGGUUAAGCAUUUUUGGGUUGCACUCCGCGGCGACCCAGAAGUAACGGAGCGCCUUACUUCCGGGUUUCGCCGCUCACACAGACGCUCAAAAUGACGUCAUGCGUAUGCGUGGAAGCAGCGACACACGCACUCGUGUGCUACGUUCUACUCAGGAUGCGAACGGGGCACCGGAACAGAUCCCGUUCGCAUCCAGAGGUACCACUGUAUACAAAUUCAUUUCCUAAGGCACAAAUCUGAAUUGCUUCAAGUAGACUUGGGUAGAUCAUAAAACGUUGAUGUAAAAUAUUUUACAAUAUAUUUAUCAGUACAAGAUUAGCAGUUACAAUGGAUUCAGCAAGGACAUACAUUUUAAUCCCCAAGCAUGUCUUUUUAAAUAUAUCAAACAAGUUUAGUUUUUGGACAAGCACUGGAUUGUCAUAGUGAAGAUAGUCUUACUCGGUCGUACAAGGCUCAGGUAGCAGGCGACUGUUGCCCAAAGUCACUUUUCUAAAUAUCUCUGCUGUUUGUGACAGAAUAUUAUCUGCCUUGAAGAAUGAGGUAACUUCCUUGAAAGGGGAUGGGGGCUUAUGAAGGCAAAACAUUUUGGUCUCCUUUACUAAAUUAUAUUUAAUUAUACAGUUACUAUUUGUUACACAUCACUAAAUGUUCUUUCUUCAUUGGUUUUGUUAAGGAAUUUCAAUACAGGAUAUGCCCAUCACAGGACGAGGUCAUUCAGGUAGAAGCCGAGGCCGUCCCAAAGGUGCAAAUGGCGGGUCAAAAAGCACAGGGAAAGGCCGGAGCCGGAAAUCCACAGCCGGAAGUGCAGCUGCCAUGGCAGGUGCCAAAGCAGGAGCAGCCGCCGCCUCAGCAGCCGCAUAUGCAGCGUAUGGGUACAACGUGUCUAAAGGUAGGAGGCUGUGUGGGGCGUUGAACACCCUUUAUGCUUUGACACCAGGCCUUCAGCCGUCCUUAAGGACAGCUGAAGAUAUCCUUGUAGGAUAUCUAAGUCUCCACUUGAAAUCCAGGCAUGUUGAAGUUCCAGCGCAUAUGAUGGUAUAAAAGUUCAUUUCUAGUCCCUGAAAGAUAAGCAGUUAGGUAGAACUGUUGUCGGCUCAAGUCCACAUUUUUGCUCCUAUCAGUAUGUUUAUACGUAAUUAAAAGGUUCACUCGCUUUCUGGGGACUAAUUAGCCUAAUAAGUCUCUUUAUCACAAAAUCCAAUUAUGAUUGGUCAGAUUAAACCUCGGUACUAAAUACUCGUACAAAAAAUAGAAUGUUUUCCUUUUCUUUGACAGCUUUCUAUCCACUGUAAUGAAUGGACUCAGAUUUUGAUACUCACUGCCUAGGGUAUCCUUGGGGUAAAAGGGCAAGAUACUAAAAAAAAAAUUCUUGGCUAAAGUUGUCAGUAAAGCUCUUGGUUAAUCUUAAUCCUGCAGUUUUAAUUUUGUAUGCAGUUAAAAAGCUAUAGUCUGGGUGUGGCCCAAUGAGGAAAAAAUUUGCUUUUUGUCGCUAGGUAUGUCUUCAGGCAGCCCUCUUCAGACUCCUCUCAUCCGACCUGCUGGACUUUCAGACUUUGGACAGUCAAGCGCCACUUCCCCCUUGAGUAAAGGAAACAGCGUUUGUGGAACCUCCAAACCCUUAAACCUGACAGGUUCCUUGGCACCAGAAACCUCAAUCCGAAAACAAUACAAAGGAGCCCACACUUCAGGUGGGCGAUAG